AUGCAAGCUUUACUGGAGGGUAGUCUUAAAAACAAGACACUGAGAUUUAAUGAUUUAAGAAUCCUAGAAAAGUUAGUUGUAGAUACCAAUAUGGAUGGAGAUAUGUAUAAGAAAGUGACGCAGAAUAAGAUAGAUCCAGAUGAUUAUAAGAAAGCAAAAGAUAUGGCAUUGGAAUCGUUCAUAAUUACGCAGUUUAAUUCUGAAUUGAAAGUAGUACAAGAUGCAGCAAAUAUAAGAUCGAGAAUAUACUCUACAAUGAAUAUUAUUGCUGAUAAUGGUUGUGAUGCAGCCAGAAUAGAAGCUGCAUUGAAGAAUUUUCCAAAACGUGAUGAUUCUCUAAGUUAA